AUGGCAGCUCCAACACGCCCCGCAGCCAACACCUUCGUCGCCAAGGCCCGCAAGGUCUACAACCCAAUCGGCUUCUCCAAAGGCUACAACUUCAUCCUCUGGUUCAUCUUCGCCGGCGCCAUGUUCGGCUUUGCCCUCGCGCGAAUGAUGUUCCUCAACUAUAACGGCAUUUACUGCAACCCCAACAGCACUGGUAACGGCGCAGGCCCAGGCGAAUGCUGGUCUUACAACAGAAAGGACCUUUACAAAAUCGGCAUUAAAAUGCAUCUAUACACCAUCAUCCCAGCUUCGUUCCUUGUCGUUUUCCAAUUCGUUCCUUUUAUCCGAUAUAAAGCGCUUCUGCUCCAUCGUAUGAAUGGAUAUAUCGUUGUUGUUCUCGCGGUUAUCGGGACUGUCGGUGCUAUUAUUAUUGCGCCGGUUGCCUUUGGUGGCUCACUUUCGGUUAGAGCUGCUGUAGGUCUCAUGGCGAUCAUGUUUCUGGGGUCACUCUUUCUGGCGAUUUGGAACAUCAAGACACUGCAGCUGGAGCAGCACCGUGCAUGGAUGCUUCGCGCGUGGUUCUACGCUGGCUCAAUCAUCACGGUGCGGAUUAUCAUGAUCAUCUCUGCGGUGACCAUGUCCAAGAACCCGAGCUUCCGACUUCCAAUGCAAUGUGCCAAGGUAGCUUCUUUCUACGACGACACCGAGUCCUUGAUCGCCAACUACCCUACCUGCCAGGAUCUAAAUGCCUGGGUUGCAGUUCAAGGCGACAUGUCAGGCGAGGGUACCGAGAACAUUGCAUCCGCUCUGUCGCUAGGUUUCUCCAUGGGCCUCUGGCUAGCGCUGGCCAUCCACGCCAUCGGCAUUGAAGUCUAUCUUCACCUAACGCCCGCAGAGACCGAGCGUCUUCGGAAGAUUUCUUUUCAGCGACAACAGGAACGUGGGUUCAAGAACCCCGGGAGUAGCGGACUCACGUCUGACCGGUUGGGUGACGCUGAGACGUGGUGUCCGAGCACCGAUGCGACUGCAUAUCUGCCUAGCAAGGGGAGUGACAGUGACAUUUUAAAGGUUGCAGCGGCUUAGGCUUCAGGUGAUGCAACACUGGGUGAUGCGUUGUUCUCGUUUGUUAGGUGGGGGGAAAUUGGGAAUAGAAGGUCCGGAAAUUGUGUCAGCCCAUUUUUAGCUGCUGAUAAGGUUUGGCAUGACAUGUUGACAUGUUGACAGACGGCAGAUGCAAGGUCACAUUUGUUUGAUGAGGGC